UUUGCAUUUGUGCAAGAAGGCAGGAUGAUGGCGUUGAGGCCAAGUAGCGUCCUCGGCGAGCCUGCAGGGAACCCUCACAAGCGGCCCGGGUGUCAGCGUGUCAGCGCGGCGGCCCGCAGGAGACGCGGCCCUGUGCCCGCCCUGAGCCCCAGUGAUGCCGGUGCAGGCGGCCCAGUGGAGCGACUUCCUGUCCUGCCCCGUCUGCUACCACCUCUUCGACGGCGGCGACCACCAGCCCGUCAGCCUGGGCUGCUCGCACACGGUGUGUCGCGGCUGCCUGCGCCAGCUGCACGGCGAGGCCUGCCCCUUCGACCAGGCGCCCAUCUGCAGCGACGUGGACCUGCUGCCCGCCAACCGCGCCCUGCUGCGGCUGCUCGGCGCCCAGCUUCCAGACGUGCAGACGCUCGGCCUGGGCGGCGCGGCGGACGUGUGCCACUACGAGGCCUGCAGGGGGUGCGUGGAACACCUGGCGCUCUACCUGCAGCCCGUCAGCGCCAGCAAAGGGGCGUGCCCCCCCUCCAGUGUCAGCGUGCUGAGUCGGCCCAUGCAGAGGAAGUUGGUGACUCUGGUGCACUGCCAGCUGCUGGAGCAGGAAGGUCGCCUGCGGGCGCUCAGGGCGGCUCGCUCUCUGGGCGAGCGCUCGAUCACAGAACUCAUCCUGCAGCACCAGAACCCCCAGCAGCUUUCUGCCAACCUCUGGGCGGCCGUGCGGGCGCGGGGCUGCCAGUUCUUGGGACCCGCCAUGCAGGAGGAGGCCCUGAAGCUGGUGCUGUUGUCUCUGGAGGACGGCUCUGCGUUGUCCCGGAAGGUUCUGGUUCUGUUUGUGGUCCAGAAGCUGGAAGGUCGCUUCCCUCAGGCGUCCAAGACCAGCGUGGGCCACCUGGUGCAGCUGCUCUACAGGGCCUCCUGCUUCAAGGUGACCAAACGGGACGAGGACUCGUCGCUCAUGCAGCUGAAGGAGGAGUUCCGUGCGUACGAGGCUCUGCGCCGAGAGCACGACGCCCAGAUCGUCCACAUCGCCAUGGAAGCCGGCCUCCGCAUUUCUCCUGAGCAGUGGUCCUCUCUUCUCUACGGGGACCUGGUCCACAAGUCCCACAUGCAGUCCAUCAUCGACAAGCUGCAGUCUUUCGAGUCCUUUGCGAAGAGCGUCCAAGAGCUGACCAUCGUCCUGCAGAGGACAGGAGACCCUGCAAACCUGACCAGCCUGAGACCUCACCUGGAACUGCUGGCCAACCUAGACCACAAUCCUGACGAUCCUUCGCCAUCCUGGCAGGAAGUAGAGAAGGUGAUGUUGGCGGUCGAGGUGGUUGUUCACGGCCUCGUGGAAUUCAUGCAAAACUUCACAAAGAAGACCCAGGACACUCCGCAGCUGCAGGGGAACAGCAAGUACAAGACCAGCAUGUGUCGAGACCUGCGCCAUCAGGGAGGAUGUCCUCGAGGAAACAACUGCACCUUUGCACACACGCAGGAAGAACUGGACACAUUCCGAGUGAGGAACAAGAAGAGCAGCAGCGUGAGUCGCACUAAAACUUUCCCCGUGGACGUCCAGACUGACGACUCUGCAGGCGAGGACGUGACCACGCAGCUGGCGUCCGUGAGGGUGGGACCCACAUGUGAGGACGUGGCGUGUGCGAGGGGAGGACCCACACCUGAGGACGUGACGUGUGGGAGGGGAGGACCCACACCUGAGGACGUGGCGUGUGCGAGGGGAGGACCCACAUGUGAGGACAUGGCGUGUGCGAGGGGAGGACCCACACGGGAGGACAUGGCGUCCAGUAUGACCAGCAGCACCUCACUGGGCUCGGCAGACCAUAACGUGGUUGAUGGUCCUAAAGGUCCCCGCCCUCCGCGGAGAGUCCCGUCCGUCCCCGCCUCAGCGUCGCCCCCUGUGGGCGGGAGUGAUGAGACGGACAAGUGUGGCGUCACGCUGAGGGUGCCCCAUCCUUCUCACGCCUCCGAGCUCAUCUACCCAGGACAAGUUGACUAUCACACCAGCUCAGGUUCCUUCCACGCACCUGCACACAAGUCCUGCAUGGCUCGCUUCCUCAGAUCUUCCAACGUCCCAGAAUCCUCUCUGCCGCCGGGCUCCUUUCCUGACCAGCCUUCCUCCUCUUCGCCCUCGGCGUACACGCCGCCGCAGCCGCCGCCCGGAGACCGGCUGGUCCUCUUCCACCCCCAGCACCCCGGGCAGCCCCGGUACGGUCCCCUGGUGUCCGCCCACGCCGUCUACGCCCCGCUCUACGACAGCAGGCGAGCGUGGAGGCCUCAGCUGUACCACCGGGAGGACGCCCGGAGUAACUCGCUGCCCCCGGAGGUGUUCCAGACGUCCGUCUACCAGCCCCCGCUCAGGGAGAGAUUCAACUCGCUGGACAGCAACUACUGCUCUGGACCCGACCACCACAGGGACUACGGCUGUGUUCCUAUGGGCUACGAGGAGCUCUUCCGACACAAGCAGGAGCAGUGCCACCACCACCAGCACCACCAGCACCAGCAGCACCACUACCACCACCAACCACCAGCACGCCACCAACAGCCCACCGCCAUCUUGGACAUGGACUUUGGAGCGGAGCACCUGGACGCCUCGUGUGCGGGAUGUCACCUGAGGGGCCACGGCGGCUUGGUGCGCUUCUCGCCGUGGUCAUGUGACGUCUCGGGGCCGCACUCCUGCCUGGAGAGGACGGAGGCAGGAAGUUGUCGGAGGCCAUGGCUGCAGUGGUCAGAUCACUACAGGCGCCUGAAGGAGGAGGACCCCAUCAUCCCUUUCAGCGAGGGGCCCAUCAUCUCCAAGUGGGGCGCCAUAUCCAGGGCGUCCCGCUCGGGGUGCCACACCACUGAGGCCAGCUUUAAAGAUUGCAACUCUCAGGUGGAGCACAGGUGGAGCUCCAGAGGAUCCCACCCUUCCAUCCACAGCGGGCGACUUAGUGCAGUGGAUCUGCAUCAGCACUCGCCCAGCCAGUGUCUGGUCUUCAGCCCGGAUCAGGACCAGGACCAGAACCAGGACCAGGACGGAGGCAUCUGCUACCAGGAGGACGACCACCAGGAAUCUGGCCAGCACCGGGACAUUGAGCUGAAACUCUGCGCCCUGGACCUGGAGGACCCGGACGCCCAGGAGCUGAACCCUCAGGAGCCCGCAGACCUUCCCUCCCCGUAUUCCGAGGAUGCCGCUAACCUCCUGCCCCUAUCUUCGGGGGAGCAGCGCCAUGCUGACAAGACGGGCGCCCACCUGCUGAGAAAGAUGGCCUUCAGGUGACUUGUGAUGUCAUGCUAGUAAGCAGUACCAGGUGCAGCGGCCGGACCCCAAGCAACAUCUUUGGCAAGUAGAUGAGUCUUCAAACCUCCGGGGUCUUGCCUGGGAGCUAAGAAGCUAAGCUAAAGAGUUUGGAGGAGGAAGGUAUCCUUCUUGGACUCGGAUGAAUGACCUUGGAUGUUUAUCAUGUUUAACACAACUGGGACUCUUACAGUACUUUUUAAUAUUGCAUUGUACUUACCGUACUCCGCUUUUUUUGUGGCAGCCUCGCAUGGCAAUGUGUUAGCAUGUUAGCAUGGUGGUCUUUAAUCCCAGCUAGCUGUUAGCAGACCUCCACCAAGGCUUCGGCAGACAAAACCAGGCAGUUUUUUGUGUACUUUGUAGUUCCUAACUUCUGUGAAGUUGUUUGUCCAAGUAUUUUUGUAUCAGGACAAAACCUAUUUUUGCGCUCGGACAACGCAAUUUAGGAAAAGGAAUAACCGUAUUUCCUUGAAUUGCCGCCGGGUAUUUAGUAUGCGCCUGCCUAGAAUUACUGCCGGGUCAAACUCGUUUUGCAAAAUACUAUUUUUAUUAGCGCAUGUCUAGAAUUUCCACCGGGUCAAACUCGUCACGUCACGAGUGACACUUCACCUGUCAUCAUUUUCAAAAUGGAGGAGACUGGUUUCAAUCAUUUGAAAUCGCAUAAAGGGAAGAAGAUUAAGAGCUAUUCAGUAGGAUUUAAGGUCCAAGCUAUUGAAUAUGCUAAAAAGAACAGUAAGCAGCUAUGUUUUAUUAAUAUACCGUAGCUGCGUGUGUCAAAUAUGAGUCAUUAAAUGACUCCCGCCUCCUGGUGGUAGAGGGCGCUAGUGAUCCUUCUUGCGACUACUCGGCUGCAGAAGAAGUGACAACAAGCAGAGAUCCUUUAUUUUUUCCUCUCGCUUGCACUUUUAACAUGGAGGAUUACAUAUCUAAAAUAAAACAUUUUCUAAACUGGACUUUUAAUCGAAGCAGGAGGUAAUAAAGGAAGAUCUCCAUGGAGACAGAGAGACUUUUAAAACUGAAGAAAGAUAAGGAAGACUUCUAUAAAGAAGUUAUCGAUGCUUUUGAUCAGAAGGAGCUGCGCAUGGACUUCAUUUAUAAGUAAAGUUAAGACCAUAAUAAUGUUUUUUUAUUAAAUGUGCUUUUCAUGAUGGUAUCCUUACAUCACACUCAAAUUUAUAAGCGCAGGCCUAAAUUUACCGCAUGCCUUUGGUGAACGCCAAAGUCAAUCAAUCAAUGUCAAUCAAUGUUUAUUUAUAUAGCCGCAAAUCACAAAUGUCUCAAAGGACUGCACAAAUCAUUACGACUACAACAUCCUCGGAAGAACCCACAAAAGUGAGAAGAGGUUUUAAAAUAAUUAGCGCCCCGGCGGCAAUUCAAGGAAAUACAGUAUUUAUUAUUUUUGUGGGAAACAUUCUAUGUUGUGUGGAAUUUUUUUCAUACAAUUCUGUUUUGCUGCUGAGAAAAAUGUCCUCAUAUUUUUCACCAGACAAUUCAGAGAGAAUUGUGAUGCCCCGCUAUUAUAGGCAUUACUUUACCACACCGCCUGAAACCUCUGAAUUCACUGUCCACUUGAACAAAUGAAAAGACUAAGCUGCAGAGAGUGUCAGGCAGCUGUCAGUGGUACAUACAUGGAGAUUGUACAGUAAUACUUGGUGACUGUACAUGAGUCAUCUUCACAUGUCUCUACUUGAUGUUGUUUAUCUCUAUUUCACUAAGUUUACAACAUAAAAUGGGUGCUUUCCAAAAGAUACGUUUCUUCCUUGCUCCAAAAUAAAAGUUGUGACAUAAUGUAAAUGUGAAAUAUUUAUAAAUGUCAGGUAGAAGUCUUUAAAAUAAGUCAUUUUUCCGGUCAUGUUCUUGGAAAUAUUGCUUUCAAGUUGGAAACACCAGCCAGCAUCUAAUAGGAACUAUCAAAACAUGUAUUCUGCCUACAAAUGUACUUUUUUAAAUAUCAGUUGUCUAUAUUUUCAUGAAUAAUGCUACCAUCAAAUAUACAUUCGUGCAAUACAGGAUUUUUUAUUUGGUCUGUAGUUUUUUGAAAAAGCAUUUCUGUUUUGUAUGCUAUUACAACUUUAUUACAGUUAUUUACCCCGCUUUCUUUUUGUAUGUGUGAGCUGCAUUUGACUGUCAACGGCAGCUUUACAGAUGCCAUAUCUUUUAAUUGUACAAGGAACACACAUAUAUAUAUAUUACAUACAUAUAUAUAUAUAUGUAUAUAUAUAUAUAUAUAUAUAUAUAUAGAAUAUACAUGUAUGUAUGUAUAUAUGUAUGAUGUUUUAUUUUUAUUAUUUAUUGUUAUAUUUUAUUUAUUGUUGACAUUUUAUAAUUUUUUUUAGUAUCCAUUUAAACUUGAUUAAAUAAUACAAAAUAUUAAUAAUAUUAAUUAAAUAUAUAUUCAAUGUAACAAAAAUAUAUUUUUGACUAUUAGAUAUAUUACGUAUAAUUUUUUUGGUCUUUAAGUAUUUGAAAAAUUAUGCCUUUUUAUGUGAUAUUAGAGCUUUAUUACAGUAAUAUUUUUACUUUAGUAUUGUAAAAACUGUAUAUGUUAGCUGCACUUGACUGUAAAUAUCCCCUUUACAGACGACCAACAAAUAAAUAAAGUUUAUAUAUAUAUAUAUAUAUAUUUGUGCAGCGUUAGAGACAUAUCAGGUAGAUUAAUUUUAAUUGUUAUGAUUAACUAUUAAUAUUUAUUAUUACAAUGAUACUUUAUUAUUAUGUACCUUUUUAACAUAUAUCUUUUUAGCCUCUGUGUAAGUUUAGUUUUGUGAUGCCGAGCUAAUUAGUUCAGGUGGACAACACAUCCACCUGCUGAUGACACCUCCUAUUAUUUGACGGCCGGCAUCUAAGUGCAGCAUUUUGCUGACUCUGCCUUCACUUGUCGCCGUCCAAAUUGCAUAACUUUAUUAUUUCCUUUGUAAGAAUUUGUUAUUUACGUGGUAACUUUACCAUGUGAUACUGUAUGACGAUAUCAGUGUUUUGUAUCUGCCGAUAUGGAAAUUCCCAGCUAUUUGGGCUGCCCUAAUGAAAAUCAGGAGCAUGAGGUGGCGUCAUGUGUUGUGCACAUGCCCACUGUGUGAGCUGCGUGCUGUCACAUAUUAGACACUUUCAUGCCACAGAUAGUACAACUGUCUGUUGAAUUCAAUGUGUGAACCUACUGGGCUCAAAAAUGAUGAUAGUAAUAAUACUGUUAUGUAUUCCAUGUAUUUCCUUGGAAAUGUCGCAUGUGUGAAAGUGUUGCCUUUGACUGACAACGUGCAGGAGUAAAAAAGUUGACAUGA